UACACAUUGGUAAUAUCGUAUUACUAAUACGAUUUAGAAUUCUGCUGGAUCCCAUUACGCAAAACUUACUUGAGUCACCUCUUCUCAUCUACGUACUUAUUUACAUAUUAUCUACACCAUACUGCAGACGAGUUAAAAGUGUUUAUGUUCAACGCUUUCUUAUCAUUUGAUAUAUAUUUUCUGACUUAUCCUCUUCUUCUAACUAAUAAUCAAUCAGGUUCUUGGUGCAUGCAUGUUAAUCUACAAUUUGGUUGGAGGAAGGAAUAGAAUUUACACUCUUUCCACAGUCCAGUUUCUUUUACAGGACUGGAUUUCUUGCUGCGAUUCAUCUCUUUUUAAGCUAGCAGAGCUUGUCUAGCUAAUAAGUACGUGAUGUGAAGACAAGUUGUUGUUGUUGGACAGGAAAAUUGAGACCAGCAGAAGGUAGCUUGGUCUUGACUGAUUCUGUGAAUUUUGAGGACUUUUUGCUCGUUGCGUAAUGUUGUGACCAAGUUUUGUGCAUUAUCUACGUUGGUGAGAUUUGGAGUGUAUCGUGCAACCUAGAAAGAGUUGAAUCCAUGACUUUUGUCACCGGGUGCCCACACGCACGUAGUUAAAACUGCAUGGGUAGAUUAAACCAGUGCAGUGGCAAGUCGUGUAAUCAGAAGAAUUAAGUCAGUAAUUAACUUAGUUCGUGAGUAGUUUGUGGGUUUGUUCAGUUUUGUGAGUAAUUAAUUUUGUAAAAUUAAGUAUAGAAAUAAGUUCUGAAUUUCAUACGGUCAACAUGAAUCCGUAUAAACGUUCCCACGCCAUUGUGUUGGCGUCUGCUAUUUUUGCGAUACUUUUUGCCACGGCUGAAAUUACUUUUGCUCAGAAGGCACCUUUUCGACUAUGCGUCUCGGUUGAAUUCAUGAAACAAUGCGAAGAUAUGUUGGCAGCGGUUCCAAAUUCGAAUGUGAAAUGCGUGUCGACAGUUGAUAAGAUUGACUGUAUCACAAAAAUCUCCAAAGACGAAGCGGAUUUUGCGCCGUUAGAACCUGAGGAAAUGUGGGUGGCUCACCGUUUCGUUAAGGAGGGAUUCAUUGUAAUAUCCGAAGUGAGGUGGGCAGAGUUUGAAAAUCGAAACUUUCGCUACGAACCGGUCGCAGUGGUACGAAAAUCUUCCGGAAUUAAAUCCAUCUCUGAUCUUGCUGGGAGGAAAUCAUGUCACACGGGAUUUGGGAGAAAUGCAGGGUGGAAAAUUCCCUUCUCUCACCUCAUGGACAAAGACCAACUUCCAAAAUUAUGCGACGGAAUAAACGCACCCACCACGGAAAAAGACCUCUUUGCAAUAUCCAACUACUUCAAGGAGGUUUGUGCCCCAGGAGCGUGGGUGCCGGAGAAGGACAAGGAUCUCGAAUUGAAAAAGAAAUAUCCAAAUCUUUGCCAGCUUUGUGAAAAUCCAAGUCUCUGUUCCCGAGACGAUAAGCACGGGGGGUAUGAAGGGGCUUUAAAAUGCUUAACUCAAAAGGGAGCGGAUAUUGCGUGGACAAAGAUGGACGCGGUGAUCAGCUAUUUCAAGUUGGACAGUCAACCAAUCGCAGGCACAGAAGACUACCACUUUCUCUGCUGGGACGGCUCCUCAAUGCCUCUAAACCUCAACAAUACGUGUUCUUGGGCAAAACGACCCUGGAAAGCUUACUUAUCUUCUAGUCGCUUAUCGUCAGCUGAUAUCGGUGACCUCCAAACUGCCAUUACAGCCCUAAGAAACAAGGGCAAUGACCUCCCUGCCGGUGACCAAAAAUUGCCCGACUGGAUGAGAAAUGUGCUCGAAAUCAGUAACGAGCCUCCCCGGAAACUUAAUCAGACCGAUGUAAUUUUCCAUUUUGAAACGCACGUGGCCAAAUUGACCACUCCCAUCUCAUAUUUGAGUGUGGGGAAGAACUACAGCGUCACGAUUGAGAAGCCCUCCUGUGCGACUGGAUCGAGUAUCAAAUUUUGUGUUAAAAAUGAUCUCGAGAAAUCCAAGUGCUUAUCGUUACAACUUGCAGCGGCUGGGCGCCGAGUUUUACCAAAAGUAGACUGUGUCCUUGCAGAGACAGAUUUAGAGUGCAUUCAGAAAGUGGGGAACGGUCAGGCGGAUUUGGUAAAUCUCAGUCCAAAAGAUUCCGACUGGGCGCAGCGGAACUACGACCUCGUCCCAGUACUCUCAGAAGUUGAGUGGAAUCACAAUAAAGAUGAUAUCGGUCCUUAUCGUUACGCUAUCGCGGUUAUCAAGUCGUCCGAUCCUCAAGACUAUAAAAACAUUUCUGCUCUUCAAGGCAAAAAGUCCUGCCACGGCUCAAUCCGGUCAUUGGCCGGUUGGAAUGCUCCGUUAGCCAAGUUAAGAGACCUCAACCUCAUCGGAGGGCCAACCUGCGGUCUCACUAUACAAAUGUCGCAAUUCUUUGGGAAUCAGAGCUGUGUCCCAGGUGCGAAGGAUGUCGCCAUUCCAACGAGAAUGCCGUGGUUACCGACGAAGAAUUUAUGCUCAAUUUGUGCUGGGGAUGGACCACUUGCUGGACAAGCUUUCACUCCCGACACGGUGUGCAAAGACGACAGCUCAGAACGCUAUUUUGGGGCUGAAGGAGCACUUCAAUGUCUUCUUGAUGGCGUUGGUGAUGUCGCAUUCAUCGACCAUGUCGAACUCCACGGAAAAAUUUUGGCUUCCGGGGACAUGAAAGCCACCGAUUUCAAAUUACUUUGUACCAACGGGUCGACAAUGUCCAACCUGACAAAUUACCAGGCCUGCAAUUGGGGCAAGAUCCCAUCCAACCAGAUCCUGACAAGGAGUGGGGACGAGUGGGAGGUGAAAAGAGAGGAUGUGAGACUCACCCUGCUCAAGAUUUCUGACACGCUCGGCCCCGGAGGAAAAGCCGUCGGUGUGCUGAAACUAUUCGGACCUUACUUUGGAAACAACGAUUUCCUCUUUAAGGACACCUCCAUCGGUCUUUGUGACUACAAAAGCGUUCCUGAGUUCAAAUCUCUUAUCUCUGAUUUUGACUACUGCACAACAUCCACAGCUCCAUCGUUGUUCUCAAGUUUUUCUAUCCUCAUUUUUUCAUGUGUUGCAUUAAUCAUGGCGAGAUUUUCGUAAACUAAGCAAACCAGUCAUUUAAAAAAAGUUGCAUAUUUACAAAAGUCAAUGAUUCCUCCGUUUUCCGUAAUAGAAUUAUUUUUGAAUUGAUACAAAAAACUUUAUAUGUUAAAUACGUCUCGUGAUAAUUUACUCUGUAUAAAUAACAAUAUGAUAAUUUGAUAGUACUUAAUAAUAAAGAAUAUUAUUUUCGUUGAUUAC